AUGGCAUCUAUGCCGCCAUCUAGCUUUCCGAAUGCUUCUGUCUAUAUGUCACAAUCGUCGCUGCACGAUUCCAUUCAUACUGAUCCAAAUUCACCAGAAGUGCUGAAGCAGAAUGUGCAAAUAGCGCUUGACCAUGUAUCAAGGAUUCAAUCACUGGCACGUAACUGCUUGCAUGGCAUACAAAGCGCAUACCAACCAGGAAAUAAUCCCGCACACGCAACAGGCAAGUACGUUCAUGUUUUUUUCUAUAUAACUGUGGCUUUACGCUUGAAAUUUCCAGCUGAGCUGGCCGCACUUAUGCAGGCACUUCGCACAUUUGCUGAAUUCCUUCGACAAACUGGUGUAGGCGCAUACCCCAUGCCACCCGUCCCUGAGUCUCAGAGUGCAUCGUCGAUACCUCCCACAGAGCAGCAACUGAUUGAUGCCACGGCAAAAGAGGUACAAGUGCUUUACGAGCGCCUGAAACGUAUUCAAGAGAGCAAUACCGUCGCUGUAAAUUUACUUGGAGCCGCUGAUACCGUCUCUCGUGCUCGUUAA